GCCAAGUAUGUAACAAAGAGUCAAAAUUUAUAUGAUGGCUUCAUCAUCUCUUUCAAAUUUAUUACGUCAAAUUUCAGUUUUACUUCUCAUUUUCCCUCUCACACUCUUCAAUACAUCUUCUUCAGACCAAACACCACUCGUGUUUUCUCUCAAAACCCAAAAGCUUCCUCAGUCUUCUUCAGACAAGCUUUCUUUCAGACAUAAUGUCACACUCACGGUCUCUCUCUCCGUCGGCUCUCCGCCACAAAACAUCUCCAUGGUUCUCGACACCGGAAGCGAGCUUUCUUGGCUUCACUGCAAGAAAACUUCAAACUUAGGAUCCGUAUUCAACCCGGUUUCAUCCUCUUCCUAUAAGCCCGUACCUUGCUCGUCCAAUAUUUGCAGGACCCGGACCCGGGAUUUGCCCAUACCCGCUUCAUGUGACCCGAAGACCAAUCUUUGCCACGUGGCAGUCUCCUACGCCGACGCUACCUCGAUAGAAGGCAACUUAGCUCACGAGACGUUUGUAAUCGGGUCUUCAACCCGACCCGAUACAUUAUUCGGGUGCAUGGAUUCGGGUUUAAGCUCCGAUUCGGAGGAGGACGCUAAGACAACCGGUUUAAUGGGAAUGAACCGGGGAGCUUUAUCGUUUGUUAACCAGCUCGGUUUCUCAAAAUUCUCUUAUUGCAUCUCCGGUUCAGACUCCUCCGGUAUACUGCUUCUCGGUGACUCGAGUCUCUCGCGGCUUGGUCCUAUCCAAUACACGCCUUUGGUACUCGAAACGACGCCGUUACCGUAUUUCGACCGGGUCGCUUACACGGUCCAAUUAGAAGGAAUCCGGGUCGGAACAAAGUUGCUUUCUCUACCGAAAUCCGUUUUCGUACCGGACCAUACCGGAGCCGGUCAGACGAUGGUGGAUUCAGGUACGCAAUUCACGUUCCUGAUGGGUCCGGUUUACACGGCGUUGAAAACCGAGUUUAUUGCGCAAACCAAAUCGGUUCUCAAAGUUGUAGACGAUCCGAAUUUUGUGUUCCAAGGGACAAUGGACCUUUGUUACCGGGUUGGGUCUUUAACCCGGCCCAAUUUCUCGGGUUUGCCGGUUGUUAGUUUAAUGUUUCGUGGCGCGGAGAUGAGCGUGGCGGGUGAGAAGCUGUUGUACCGGGUAAACGGAGCCGGGUCGGGAGGAAAAGAUCAGGUGUAUUGCUUCACAUUUGGGAACUCCGAUCUUUUGGGAAUAGAAGCGUUUGUGAUUGGUCAUCAUCAUCAGCAGAACGUGUGGAUGGAGUUUGAUCUUGCUAAAUCAAGGGUUGGAUUUGGUGCUGCCGUCAGAUGUGAUCAAGCUAGUCAACGGCUCGGAUUGCGAGAUUGAUAACCUGUGGAAAUAAAGGGGAAUAUCUUAUAGAGUAUAGUAUAUGUUUCUUUUUUUGUGAGGACAGCUUAUAUACAAUGUGUUUCAUAGAGCUUUUUUUGCGAGGAAUAUUUUCAUUUAUAUUGAAACUGGAAGUCAUUUAGAUA